AUGCAUUCCAGCUCAGCUCGCUGCCACGCUCAGACAUCGCCUCGACCCGACUCGACUCAGCUCGACUGGACUGCUAGCUCUUCAUACCCGACAUACCCGCCGAGAUCUCUCUCAUCUCCCAUCGGCAAACGAUCGCAGAUCUGGAUAGCUAUCCAACGGCCACCUCCGAACCGCAGCCCACCUUUCAUCUCGCGUCCUCCGACCUCAUCACUCAUCCUUGCGAUUGUUCGUGCCUCGAAGCUCGCCCUCUUCCUAUUCCGCGGUCUUUGCGCUUUUACGAUCGAUCCCACCGGUUCGACGCUGGCAACCUCAUCCACGGAUAUUACCCUCACGACUCUGGACCUUAUCUCGGGUGUCUCGACGCAACCUCCCACGUAG